GCAAGUAGAUUUUGAACUCAGACCGCGAAUCUCAGGAAUUAAAAAAAUUUUCAAUCUGAGUUACUUUUUUUUUUAGUAUAAUUUGGAUACAUUCCUGAAAUCAUGAGGUCGAGAAUGACUGUUAUUCCAAAAAUGAUGUCUCAAUGGUGGGAGACUCUGGAUCGACCCCAUCGACUUUUUGAUCAACAUUUCGGAUUGGGUACGAGUCCCAAGAAUUUUUUGAGGUCUUCAUUUUUUGACCGAUACCUUCCUUCUGCCUAUUUUCAAUCCUGGGAAGAAUUCAUGAAGGAAUCAAUGAGAGAAGAGGAAAGAGGAACUUCCAUUGUGAAUACAGAUAAAGACCAAUUCCAGGUGGCCUUGGAUGUGCAACAAUUCAAACCUGAUGAAAUUAACGUCAAAGUUGUUGACAACUCCAUCGUCGUCGAAGGCAAACAUGAAGAAAAGCGAGAUGACCAUGGCUACAUCGCAAGGCACUUUGUCAGGAAGUACCUAAUACCAGAGGAAUGUGAUCCUGAAAAAACGACGAGUACCCUUUCAACUGAUGGAGUACUGAUGAUCUCCACUCCCCUGAAACCUGAGGCGAUAACAGCUAAAGAAGAAAAACCUAUAAAAAUAGAACACUUUGGAAAGCCUGCCAUCGAAAAAAAGGAAGAACCCGAAGAAAAGCAAAGGUUAACUUCUAGUCAGUCAACUUAGGACUUCGGGAGACUUAAAUAGUCCCCAAGCCAAUCUUUUUAUUUAUCACUUCUCAUUUUUUUUAAUUAUGACAUUAUUUAGACUUUUAGAGUUCAUGUGUAUUGCGUAUCUUUAUACUUAAGUACAUGUAACUUUUAUGAUUGAGUUAAAAAAAAUACACCAGAUUUUCGUUAUAUAUGUAUGUACUUACGUAGAAUAGGAUUUUGUGUAAGGUAAACUAUUAUUAAACCUUGUACAUAAAACUAAUACAAAAUUCUUCCAAAAUUCACAGUUAUUUGUUACAAUUAUUUUAAUUUGAACAGACUUACAAUUGUUAACAAAAUUAUUGUUACUGAAUAAUGAGACAAAUUUGGUGUUUCC